UUCCAACCUUCCCGCCCCGCUAUCUCUCUAUAUAAAUUCCUCAUCACCCAUUUCCCAAAUUCACCAUUCCACAAGUCAACAUUGUCUCACUACAUGUCCGGUAAAAAUGGCCCGUACCAAGCAAACAGCUCGUAAAUCCACAGGCGGAAAGGCUCCAAGGAAGCAGCUAGCAACCAAGGCUGCAAGAAAGUCAGCUCCAGCAACCGGAGGAGUGAAAAAGCCUCACCGUUUCAGGCCAGGAACCGUUGCUUUGAGGGAAAUCAGGAAGUAUCAGAAAUCGACGGAGUUGUUGAUUAGGAAGUUGCCGUUUCAGAGGCUGGUGAGGGAAAUUGCACAGGAUUUCAAGACGGAUCUGAGGUUUCAGAGUAGUGCUGUUGCUGCUCUACAAGAGGCUGCUGAGGCAUACCUGGUUGGUUUGUUUGAAGAUACUAAUCUCUGUGCUAUUCAUGCUAAGAGGGUUACGAUUAUGCCUAAGGAUAUUCAGCUUGCUAGGAGGAUUCGUGGAGAAAGGGCUUAAGAAGAAGAUGAUCUUUCGGGUUAAUGUCUAAUAGUUGAUUUCAGUUGUAGUGUGUGUAAAAUGUUGGUUUACAAGUAAUCUGCAAUCUGAUUAAUGAAAUCCGAACUUCAUUUUAUUCAA